AUGGCAGAAAUUGAAGAGAAAACGAAAAUGAUAAUAGCGAUGAAAGGACAUCCAGGUACAGGGAAGAGCACCAUAGCCCAAUCCCUAGCCUCUCUCCUCAAAAUCCCGCUAAUCGACAAAGACGACGUCAAGGACUGCGCCGCCGCCAUCUCCGCCGCCAUCUCCGCCGCGCUCCUCAACGAUCUCUCCUACGACGUCGUUUUCCGCCUCGCCUCCACGCAGCUCCGCCUCGGCCUCAGCGUCCUCCUCGACACGCCUCUCUCCCGCCGAUCUCACCUCCACCGCCUCCUCGACUUGGCUUCCUCCGCCGGCGCCCGCCUCCUGAUUGUCGAGUGCAGGCCGUCCGAUCUGGCGGAGUGGAGGCGGCGCCUCGAGAGCCGCGGCGCCGCUGAUCGGACGAACUGGCACAAGCCGUCCACGUGGCGAGAGAUCGAGAUGCUACUGGAGGGUUACGGCGGAUGUACGGAAUUCGACGUCGGAGAUGUGCCGAGGCUGGUGGUGGACACGACGGCGCCGGUUAGUUUCGAUGAGACCGUUUCCACUGUUAUCGAUUUUAUUGCAUCUAAUAGUUGUUCUUUCAAUGGUCCGUCGCCCGUUAAUUAA